AUGGCAAAAAUAAAACAACCGGGAAAAGUUGAAGACGAAGAUGUGUACCAUGAAGUCCGUGGGUUCGAUACGAAUGGCGGACUUCCAACAAAUCUAAAAAGAGGGCUAAAAGCAAGACAUUUGACGAUGAUUUCUAUUGGGGGAACUAUUGGCACUGGUUUGUUUCUAGCGUCUGGUGGCGCUGUUGCUAGUGGUGGACCAGGCGGAGCUUUAGUCGCUUACAUGAUUGUCGGUGUCAUGAUUUAUUUUAUGAUGGCAUCGUUGGGAGAGAUGGCUACAUAUUUACCAAUAUCAGGCUCGUUUAAUAGUUAUGCAAAACGGUAUAUUGAUCCAGCAUUAGGAUUUGCACUCGGAUGGAAUUAUUGGUAUUCAUGGUCGGUAACAGUAGCCGUAGAAAUAACAGCUGGUUCGAUUGUGAUGCAAUAUUGGAAUAGAUCCGUUCCAACUUGGGUUUGGAGUCUAAUUCUUCUAAUGAUCAUGCUUGGGUUGAAUUUAUUCUCCGUGAAAGGAUAUGGUGAAGCAGAAUAUUGGUUCUCGUUAACAAAAUUAUUAACAGUAUUAGUAUUCAUUAUUGUUGGUUUCUUAUUGGAUCUUGGAGUGAUUGGUGAUCCUCCAACAAAAAUUGGUGGCUCUGUUUUUGGUUAUGAAACAUUUCACGCGGGAUUCACUGGUUUAUUUUCGGUGUUUCUUGCUGCUGGUUUCUCGUUUCAAGGUACCGAACUUGUUGGUAUUGCAGCCGGUGAAUCAUCAAAUCCACGAAAGCAUGUCCCAAAAGCCAUUCGUCAGGUGUUUUGGCGAAUUCUCUUGUUUUACAUAUUAGCCAUAUUUGUUAUUGGUUUAUUGAUAAAAUAUGAUGAUCCGCGAUUGCUGAACAAUUCCGGGCCUAGUGGUGUCGCCGUCAGUCCUUUCACUUUAGUAUUUUCGAUGACUGGAUUUACAGCGGCGCCCCAUCUAAUGAACGCAGUUAUUAUGAUCACAGUUUUAUCGGCUGGCAACUCUGGAUUAUACGCGUCAUCACGUGUUUUAUAUAAUUUAGCCUUAGAAGGGUUUGCACCAAAAAUUUUUGGUAAAGCAAGCAAAAACGGAAUUCCCAUCGCUGCUUUAUUGAUGACUGCGAGCGUUGGAUGUUUCGCGUUCUUUAUGUCAUUGUUUGGUGAUGGAAGAGUUUACACUUGGUUGCUUAAUCUUUCGGGGGUGUCUGGUUUUAUCACAUGGGCUGGUAUCAGUUUCACACAUUGGAGAUUUAGACGAGCAUACGUUGCUCAGAAACGGCCAAUGUCAGAACUGUACUACCGUGCAAGCUUUUAUCCAUUUGGUCCAAUUUUUGCUCUCGUCUUAAUAUUAAUUGUGAUUGGCGGACAAGGCUAUGUCUCUUUACAAAUGCACGAAAAUGAAGGCAAAUACAAUUCACAAGCAUCUGCUAUCAUUGCCGCGUACAUUGGUGCCCCUGUAUUCCUACUCCUCUAUCUUGGCUUUAAAUUCAUAAAAGGAACCAAAAUUGUUCCUCUAUUAGAAUGCGACUUUGAUACGGAUCGGCGUGUGUAUGAUCCAGAAGUCGAUCCUGCUCUUGAACGUUCACAGGAGAAAAAAGUCCACGAGAAUAUUAUUUGGCGAGGGGUGAAGGAUGUUUUGUAUUAG